GUCGAAACGUUUUACAUUAGUACCGCCUUAGUUGCCAAAAGAGGCGGAAGACGGAACUGUUUCCGCCGUUAUUGAAUUGGAAACGGGAUGCAAUAAUGUAAAGCUGCGUUUGCAGGUUUUCCUUUAAAAGAUGCCACUUCACAAAUACCCUCCCCGCAUUUGGGAUUCUCUGAAGUUAAAACAGGGGAUUUAUGCCCGGCUGCCUGAACACUACCUCCGUACACUACAGGAAAGCCACUCACCCACGCCUGUCCACUGGAAACCCCAUGGGGUUAAAUACAAAGUAAAUGCCAAGACAGGUGAAAGAGAGCGAGUCCAGGAUGUACCAAUUCCUGUUUACUACCCGCCAGAGUCUCAGAAGGGUUUGUGGGGAGGUGAAGGUUGGAUACAGGGAUACAGAUAUUCCAACAAUGACAAGCUGUCUGCUCGAGUGAAAAAGGUCUGGAAGCCUCAGCUUUUUACCCGGGAGCUGUACAGUGAAAUUCUCAACACCAAGUUUAGCAUUACUGUGACCAGUCGAACCCUUGAUCUGAUUGACGCAGUUUAUGGUUUUGAUUACUACAUUCUCAAGACUCCAAAACAAGACUUAAACUCAAAAUUUGGAAUGGAUCUGAAACGAGCAAUGCUUUUAAGAUUGGCACGCAAGGACACUGAUUUGUACCCAGAGGAUCCAGUGAAGAAGGAGGCUGUUUAUUCCAGAUACAAGGAGUUUGUUAUUCCAGAGGACGAAGCAGAGUGGGUAGGCCUCAGCCUAGAAGAAGCUGCGGAGAAACAGAGGCUCUUGGAAAAGGAGGAACCAGUUCCACUGUUUAAACUUUUUGCCGAAAACCUGGUCCGGGAUCUUGAAGCUCAAAAACUGUCAGAUCCAGUUGCUGUUAACCACAAAUCUUGAAGGACGACACCGGAACAUGUAUUUGAACCCUGGCCAGAGUAUUAUGGUGUGACUUACUGUUCAUUUUCAAGAACCAAAAUGUUUUAAAACUUUUGUCUAGCAGUCCUCAGAACAUCCAGAAUGGCCAUUCUAAGGUGCCGUCUACAAACUAAGGCCCCACAUGUGUUUUCAGCAACUUGACGGCAGAGUUUAAUUAUUGGAAACUGCGAGUGACGAGACAAGAGAGGUCCUCACAAGCGAUUGGGUGCCGCUUUGCUUGAAAGCCUUUUCUCAGAGUAGCUUUAAUAGCAGACACCAUGGAAUGUGAGUAUGAAUAUAUGGUAGAUGAUCAGUGAUCAUAACAUUAUUGUGUAUUAAAAUUAUUAAUUUGCUAAAUAA